AUGCUGCGCGCCCGCCGCUACCGAGUGCAAAUCGCAUUUGCCGCGAUCUUCGUCUUGGCCUUCUUUCAUUUCACCCGGUCGCGCGACUGGACGGACACGGUCGUUGUCGAGACGCCCCAGGACCAGUCGUCUGCCUCGGCGCCGGUCGUCCCAAAUCCCAAUUCUUACGAGACCAAGCAAAAGCCACCAUCAGCAGUUCCUGCCGAGGAUGCAUCCAAAUAUGCUCCGUUCGUGCCCCACGACAGCUCCCCCGGAUCGACAUCCUCUGCCGAGGAACCCCAGAAACCGAAGCAGCCCAUCGUGUCCAGCGCGCCUCUCAAGGAAGAACCUAAAGAACCCGCGCAAGAUGAUACUGCCAACAGCGUGAAGGAGCCAUUGAAGGUUCCUUCGUACCAAUACGGCGCCGGUGCCGACACCCACAACAAACCGCCCGCCUCGUACAACAACAACAACAACAACAACGCUUGGCAAAAUGCAGAGAGGCCGUCUUCCAAACUCGAUGCGGAGCAAGAAGAAGCGGCCGAUGAUGACGCGCGCUACCAAUCAACGGUUGGAAUUGCAGCGGAAGAGAUCACUCAGCACUGGAAGAAAUUCCCCGAGACCUACCCCGUCGCCGCCGCCGAUCUGAUCAAGCUGCCCAAGGGUCCGGCCAAGUCUAUCCCGAAACUGCAGGCCAAGUUCAAGGAUGAGUCUUCGGCCGACAAGCAGGAGCGUCUGCAACAGCUGAGUGCCAUCAAGGCCGAGUUUGUACACGCCUGGCAGGGAUACAAGAAGAAUGCCAUGGGAGCAGACGAGCUGAAGCCUCUCUCGGGACAAACCAAUAACCCCUUUAUGGGAUGGGGCGCAACGUUGGUCGACGCGCUGGACUCGCUAUGGAUUAUGGAUCUGAAGAGUGAUUUCUCCGAGGCGGUGGACGAGAUUAAGAAAAUUGAUUUCACAACGUCGGCCUAUCGGAAUGAUAUCCCCGUCUUUGAAACCGUCAUUCGCUAUUUGGGCGGGCUGCUCGGUGCUUAUGACAUUUCUGGACAGCGGUACCCGGUCUUGUUGGAAAAGGCCGAAGAACUAGCAGAAAUCCUGAUGGACAUCUUCGACACACCGAAUCGUAUGCCUGAAUUGUAUUAUCGCUGGGUUCCGUGA